AUCCGUCGCUAGCUUUCACCAUGUGACCUCAGAAACAAUCCAUCUCUCUCACACUCUUUCUUUGUCAUUGUUAGUUUGUUGUAACACUUCGUUGUUUGUCUUUGUUAGUUUGUUCAACUUUUUUUUUUUACCCAUUAAAAUGCCCACUAAAUAAUUAGGGAAUAAUCGAAAUCUAGAAUACAACUAGACACUCCGAUUAAAAUACUGCCACAACAAAUGCCAUAACGAUUUUCAUUUUCAAGCAUUAAUAUAAUCAAAACCCCACUUUUUGGAAAUACAAAAUUAAAUUAGAACCACCCUUUGUUCUCUUCCUGUCACUGUUUCUUGGUCUCUACUUCUUCCCAAACCAGAACCCGAUAGCACCCCAUCAACUACCUCUCAUUCACCCCUUCAACACCUGUGUUUGGUUUCUUCCUCUGACUUUAAAUGAAAUGGUUCAGCAUAAGAGACCCCCAAAUAGCAGGGGGUACUAUGUUAAGAUGAAGCUUCUGCACAAACAUGGCAGGCCUCAACAAGAAAAGAGUUGCUUCUACAAAUACUACAAAUGGGUUCUCUGGCUCUCUCUCUCCCUCUAUUUUUUCACUUCCUACCUCAUCAGCAACAACCAUCACCACCACACCACUCCAACAUCUCACGACAAAACAACCCAUGUCUCUAGAGCACUCUUCGAAUCAAACAACGCCACAGCUCCACUACAAAACAACCUAGGUCUGAAGAACCUUAAGGUGUUUGUCUACGAUCUUCCUCCGAAGUACAACACGGAUUGGUUGGCGAAUGAAAGAUGCAGCAAACAUUUGUUUGCGUCAGAGGUUGCCAUUCACAGGGCUCUGUUGACCAGCGAUGUGCGCACGUUUGACCCUUACGAAGCUGAUUUUUUCUUUGUUCCAGUUUAUGUCUCUUGCAACUUCAGCACCGUUAAUGGGUUCCCAGCAAUUGGUCACGCGCGUUCCCUCAUCGCUUCCGCGGUCAAACUCAUCUCUUCGGAGUACCCAUUUUGGAACCGAAGCAGAGGUUCCGACCACGUCUUCGUGGCUUCUCACGAUUUCGGUUCUUGUUUCCACACCCUGGAGGACGUGGCGAUGGAAGAUGGAGUGCCAGAAAUCAUGAAGAAUUCGAUCGUGUUGCAGACGUUUGGCGUCGUGUAUGAUCAUCCGUGCCAGAAGGUUGAACAUGUGGUGAUUCCGCCGUACGUUUCACCGGAAAGCGUGCGCGACACGAUGGAAAAUUCUGCGGUGAAUGGACGGCGAGAUAUUUGGGUUUUCUUCCGUGGAAAAAUGGAGGUCCAUCCCAAGAACGUUAGUGGAAGAUUUUACAGCAAGAAAGUGCGGACGGUGAUAUGGCGGAAGUUCAACGGUGACCGGAGGUUUUACCUACGGAGGCAUAGGUUUGCCGGUUACCAGUCAGAGAUUGCUCGUUCGGUGUUCUGUUUGUGUCCUUUGGGGUGGGCCCCAUGGAGUCCGAGACUGGUUGAAUCGGUUGCGUUGGGAUGCGUGCCGGUUGUUAUAGCCGAUGGUAUACGGUUGCCGUUUGUUUCCGCCGUGAAGUGGGGUGAGAUUUCGCUUACGGUGGCGGAGAGGGAGGUGGGGCGGCUGGCGGAGAUUCUUGAACACGUGGCGGCGACCAACCUGAGCACCAUCCAGAGGAACCUGUGGGACCCAGAGACGAGGAGGGCCCUACUUUUUAACAGCCAGGUCAAGGAAGGUGAUGCCACGUGGCAGGUCUUAAGAGCUUUGAGUGAAAAGCUGGAUAGGUCCUAUAGGGGUUCGAGGGUUUCGCGCCAAUUGGAUGUUGACACGUAAUGGGUGUGAAUUGGGCGCCAAGUAGGUUACUAUUUUCCAGUGAGGACAAGUACACGUACGCUCGCUGCAUGGUAAGCAAUAAAUGAUAUUUAGUGGAGAACAGCUGGAAUUUCUUCAGAGAUGGAAUUUUAUGACUCACGGUGGGGCCCAGAGGGGUAAAAGAUUUGAUUUAAGAUUUUUUCGAGUUUAUUAAUGGUGACGUGGUUAAUGUCUGGAUGACAUGGCUGGAAUUCAUUCGAUGGUUGUGCGGUUUGUAAAAAAGGGUAAACGUGAACAUACUACUGAAAAUUGGAGGCCAAGAGAAAUUUGAUGGUGGGAGCUAAAUUUUGUAAAAUCAUUUUUGCUGUAAAUAAAAUACCAUUAUAAAAAGAUUAUAAGAUGGAUACACUGUUUCAAAAUUCUAGAGCUAGUGGUGGUGCAUUUUCUUAUAUUUUAUAGUAGUAGUUGCAGUAGAUUUGUUAACUCGGAACUGAGUAAAGGAUGUGUGAGAAAGGGGGGAGAGUUCUUGGGGUUUGGUGAGUGAAAUGAUUAAUGAGAAUGGGCAUGGAUGGAGGAAGAUGAGGGAUGUGGGGUGCGAGUGUGUCAGAAGUGUCAGAACUUUUAUAGUGGUAAGUUUAUUUUGAAUUUUUACAAGUUCAUGUUAAUAGGGUGUGUCAGUGGUCACGGAUAUAUGAGGGUGUCAAAAUCAACGCAGGCAUGAAGAGGAUCCAACAAGUUCAUUUGAAUUUUGGGAUUUUCUUGUUUCUUCUGAACUUAGCAUAUCUCAAAUGGACUGGUUUUACUCGAUAAUAGUGACCAUUCGUGGGGCAUAUAAUCAAAAAGUAAUAUCCAUAUAUGCUUAUAUUUCGUUAGUUAUAUCAUCGCAUGUUCAUUUGGAUGUUAUGGUUUUAACUUAAUUAUCAUAUUUUUCAUUUUAUUUAAAUUUUAAAUAAAUA